AUGGCAAAAGACGACUCUGACAGAAUAUCUGAUAACCCAAACAUCGUGUUUGUAUUUGCUAUGGUGGCUAUCCUUAUAACAGUUUUCACCGUCUUUGCCAACGGUGUUGUCAUCACAGCUGUCGUGUACGCACAUGUACAACGUAAACACCACGGACAGACAAACAAGGUCAAGAGGUCAACGGCGGCCAUGUUGCUGAUGACGUCAAUGUCCGUCGUUGAUUUUGUCGUCGGUCUUGUCGUCAUGCCCCUGUACAUUCCGGACUUGAUCACCAAUGGGGAAAACAUUCUCGAUUUUUCCUGGAACUGUGCCAGGUACGUCCUCGACGUCAACUUUUGCACCGUUUCCAUUUACCACGUGGUCGUCAUGGCAACGGACAGGUACCUGGCUGUAUGCAAGCCGCUGGUGUACAAGGCGCUACCCCCGAAGGUGACUUGGGUCAUGCUAGCUCUAUGCUGGACAUUGCCUACUCUGAUUUAUUUACUGUUUUUAUCUAUAGACGCUAUGUCCGGCGAGACGACCAACAAUUCAACCACCUCUGCCCAAUCUUGUGAGCGUUCUUCAAGUCUGGCAACGAAAAUCUCCAUGGGGGUUUUGGCGAAUCUCCCGAUGUCCAUUGUUUACGUUUUGUAUUUUCUCAUCCUCUUGGAGGUCUACAGAUUUAAUAGCAGGAGGAAAAACUUCUUCGGGUUUGAGAAAAAUGGCCGCCUACAGUCUAACCAGAAAGCAAGCAAAUUAAAUGGAGAUUCUUUCGAUCCAAAAUCACAAAUUAACAAAAUUCUUACCAAUCAUGUUGGAAAGAAUGUUUUAUUAAACACACAGAGAAGUGUAUGUAACGCCACAUAUAUAAAAAGCCACAGUGGAGAAACGUGUGGUAUUCAAAAGAUUCCAACAAACACAGAAUCUGUCAUUGAACACUCAGAUGUAUGCUGUCAUAAUGCUGCUAGAAAUGGAGAAGACGUCAGUCGUGAUGGUUGUAACGUUAGAGAAGACGUCUGUCAUGAUGGCUGUAAGGUUACAGAAGACGUCAGUCGUAAGAAAUUUGAGAAUGAAGAAUACGUACAACAUAAAGACGUCAACAAAGAAACAAUACGUCACCGGAAGAGCGUCAGAGCGCCUGCGGGAGGAAGUACGAGCAGCUUAAGGGCCCUAAACAAAGUGAAAACUAAAACUGUUUUUAUUCCUUUGCUCAAUAAAAUUUUAAAUAUAAAGGACGCUUGGUCUAAAAAGUAG